AUGAAUUUACAGACUUUAUGUCUAAGUGGAGUGAAUUCAAAGACCAUUUUUUAUGAAAAUUAUGACUACACUGAAUAUAACUCCGAUAACAAAUCUGAUGGUGAUGAUGAAGAAAAAUGUUCCUAUACUACAGUUGGUGAUAAUUACUGUUUGGUUUGUGUUUUUAAUUUCUUAGUGAAGUAUAAUUUAUACACCAAUGAUUAUCCUGGUCUCUACAACUGCUACAAAUUACUACUUACUCUGUCAGUUACUCAAGUAAGCUGUGAAUGUGGAUUUUCAAAAUUAAAACAUAUAAAAUCAUAUUUAAGGAGCACCUUAUCACAAGACUUUGGAAAGUUUUAUGUUCAUGUCUAUUGAGACAUUGUUUAACAGAAUUGACUCUGACUUAAUAAUUGAUCAAGUAUCUUCUAAAAGUAAAUUAUUACAAAAAUUACUAUUGUGUUAAAAAUAUCAUAAUAAAAUUGUAAAUGAUUAACCAAAGUUGAUUGAUAUGUGAAACAUUUUUAUAAAAAAAUUGUAUUACUAAGUAAAGUUGUUAUAUUGAAUAUAUAAUGCGAGUGGCAAAAUAUUAUUUUUUUCAGUUUGUGGUCCCUCAAAAUAUAUCCUUGUAACAAAAAUACUACUUAUCCACCCCUGACACCACCAGAAUGGGAACCCUCUAACUUUGGGGGGAAGUUUGUUAAUUAAACAGUGUCAAGAUUCAAAAGAUCGCGAAACCAGUGUCUUUUUAGUCGCCGUAGGGGUUUGCCUAGGAUGCAUUUAUUGGCUAAUUUAGAUACUAGUGGAUUUAUGUGAUUGAAUGAUUUGUUGUGAAAUUUUUUAUAAAAGUUUUUAGCUGUAAUAGAGACUGUUUUAAUUUUUUGAUCUUUAUGUAAUGAAAAGUUUGAAACAUACCAUGGAUGUUAUGUUAUUAAUGUGUGCCAAUGCAAUGUUAUUAUCUGCAGAUGUUAUUUGGCAAAGAGAGAUUAACUGGAAGACCUGGAUGGUACGCAUUUGGGAAGGCUUGGCACAACCCCAUAAUUGGAUAUCAUAGGCCCAGAUAG